CAAACAUGCACAAUGCCAGGUCAAACGACGCCGUUUAAGCUUGCGACUCUCACAACCCCAAACACGAGUUGCCUGGCCGCUCACAACGGGCUCCUCUACUCCGGCUCCACCAACCAAAUCGCCGUCUUCGAUUUAACCAACUUUACCCAAAUCGACACGCUUCGCACUAACGACGCCGCUUCGGGGUCCGUGAAGUCCAUCGCUUUUGGGCGUUGGAAAAUCUUCACGGCCCACCAGGACUGCAAGAUCCGCGUGUGGAAGAUCACCUGCUCGAAACGACGACACGGACACCGUCUUCUGGCCACUCUUCCCACCGUUAAGGACAAGCUCUACCGGUUUAUUUCGCCGAGUAAUUACGUUCAUGUACGGCGCCACCACAAGCGGCUGUGGAUUGAGCAUUGGGAUGCGGUUUCUGGGUUGGUGGUUAAUGAGGGGUUUGUGUACUCUGUUUCCUGGGAUCGGAGUUUUAAGGUUUGGAGUGCUUCCGACCAUAAGUGUUUGUCGUCGGUGAAAGCCCACGACGAUGCAGUCAACGCGGUUGGUGUGGGUCAGAACGGCGUCGUUUACACUGGCUCUGCCGAUGGGGUUAUUGGAGUUUGGGAGAUCAGGGAGGGGAAGCAAAAAAAGCAUAGGCUGGUGAGGACUUUGGACAAGCAUAAAUCCACGAUAAAUGCGAUCGCAUUGAACGAGGGAGGGACGGUGAUGUUUUCCGGGAGCAGUGACCGUUCGAUAAUGGUGUGGAAGAAAGAUGAGGCGGGAAAGCAGAUUGGGUUUGUGGAGGCUUUAUGGGGUCAUGAAGGGGCUGUAUUGUGCUUGUAUAGUGUCCGAGAUUUGUUAGUCAGUGGGUCCGAGGAUCGGACCGUCAGGAUUUGGAGAGGUGACGUCACAAAUGGUUAUCAAUGUACGGCUGUGAUGGAAGGACACAGAUCGCCGGUGAAGUCGUUGGUCGUGGUCGGAGCCGGUGAACGGUGUUUGAUGAUCUGUAGUGCCAGUUUGGACGGAGAAAUACGAGUUUGGAGUUUGAGGCUUUGAUUUAUUCAAUUUCAUUUCCCUAAGUUAUCCC